AUGUCGAAGCUUGUACGCUCAAUUAAAAAUGUUGCUGGAGGAUACUCCUCAGCUCAACGAGUUGUCAGAAAUGCCACUUCCAACGACCCCACUGGACCUACUACGUUUGAUAUGGAGGAAAUAUCAUCAUUCACAUACCAAUCACAGACAGAAUUCAUGGAGGUUAUGGAUAUGUUAGAUCGUCGUCUCAAUGAUAAAGGCAAGAAUUGGAGACAUGUGGCUAAAUCAUUGACGGUAUUGGAUUAUCUAGUUCGUUAUGGAUCAGACAAAUGUGUGUUAUGGGCCAAAGACAAUCUUUAUAUUAUUAAGACAUUAAGGGAAUUUGUCCAUUUUGAUGAAACAAACAAUGAUCAAGGUGCAAUUAUUAGAGUUAAAGCUAAGGAAUUGGUAUCACUUUUAAGAGACGAUGAGCGAUUAAAACAAGAGCGUGCAAAUGCAAAAAAGAAUAGACGUUAUAGAAGUUAUGAUGAUGAUGGUGGCGACGACUUUGAUUCUGACAGAAGAAGAAGAAAUAGAGAAGAUCGUCCAAGAAGAGACGAGCCUUACGAUGCUGAGCUACAACGGGCAUUAGAAUUGUCAAGAAUAACUGCUGAAGAAGAACAAAAUCGUAACAGAGAAGAUGAAAACGAUCCUGAAUUGGAAGCAGCAAUUAAGUUGUCAUUGGAAGAAGAAGAAAUGAGAAAACAAAAUAACAAUUUAUUGGAUUUGAAUGAUGAAACACCACAGCAGCAACAACCUCAAUAUUAUUUAGCAACCGGAUUCUACCAGCAACAACCGCAGUUUUAUGCCCAACAAACCCAGGCACAACCAUUCCAACAAUAUGAUAGGUUUGGUAACCCAAUACAGAAUCCAAUGGAAACAGGAUUAUAUAAUCAACAGGCCUACUAUCAACAACAACAGCAACAGCAACAACAACAGUUUCAACCAAACCAGUUUACUGGUUUCAACUAUGCUCAACCACAAGCUCAACCUGAACCUUUACAGUCAUUAAAAACAGGAUCCAAUAAUCCAUUCGCCAUAUCUUCUGGGUCAGACAAUACCAACAAGCCACCAACUCAAUCGUUGAACUCUUUAGCCCAAGAACAACAGCAGCAACAGCAACAACCACAAUUCUUUACCCAACCAACCACUGCCCCACUCAAGCAACAAAACACAUCAUCAUCAAGGUUUAAUGAAACUCAUGAAUUGAAUGAUUUAUUGACACAAGGAACUGGAUUAGAUACGUUUGGUAACACUGGAGACACUAGAAUCCCUCACCAACAUACAAAGACACAAAAUUUUAUAAAUUCGAGUGGAACUGGAUAUAAACAAACUAAUAAUGAACCAAUUAGAUUAAGUUCCAAUGCUACAGGUAAUCCAUUUCUUAAUACUGGUAUUGGAUAUCAAGGCGCUACACAACAACCACAACAACAACAAGUAGCACAAAUCAAUCCUGCUUAUACUGGGUAUGGAUUUGGUAAUGCUCAACCGCAACCACAACCACAUCAACAACAAUCCCGUAAUGGUAAUGAUGGCCCAAGUUUAAUAGAUAUUUAA